AUGGAUAAGGAAGUUAUCGCUGUUUCGGCCAUGGAUGCAUUCGAGAAGCUUGAGAAAGUUGGGGAAGGGACAUACGGGAAAGUUUACAGAGCCAGAGAGAAAGCUACUGGUAAAAUCGUCGCUCUUAAGAAGACUCGUCUCCAUGAAGACGAAGAAGGUGUUCCUUCAACCACUCUCCGCGAGAUCUCUAUCUUGCGCAUGCUCGCUCGUGAUCCUCACAUCGUCAGGUUGAUGGACGUUAAGCAAGGACUGAGCAAAGAAGGAAAAACUGUGCUGUACCUGGUUUUCGAGUACAUGGACACUGAUGUCAAGAAAUACAUCAGAAGUUUCCGUCAGGCUGGAGGAAAUAUUCCACCUCAAACUAUCAAGAGUUUGAUGUACCAACUCUGCAAAGGAAUGUCAUUCUGCCAUGGUCACGGGAUAUUGCACAGGGAUCUUAAGCCUCACAAUCUCUUGAUGGAUCCGAAGACAAUGAGGCUCAAAAUAGCAGAUCUUGGUUUAGCCAGAGCCUUCACUCUUCCAAUGAAGAAGUAUACCCAUGAGAUAUUAACUCUAUGGUAUAGAGCUCCAGAAGUUCUUCUUGGGGCCACUCAUUACUCUACUGCUGUGGAUAUGUGGUCUGUUGGCUGCAUAUUUGCUGAACUUGUGACCAACCAAGCAAUCUUUGCUGGAGACUCCGAGCUCCAACAGCUCCUCCAUAUUUUCAGGUUGCUCGGGACACCCAAUGAAGAAAUGUGGCCAGGAGUGAGCACGCUCAAGAACUGGCACGAAUACCCACAAUGGAAACCGUUGAGCCUCUCCUCAUCUAUUCCAAACCUCGAUGAGGAUGGACUUGAUCUUCUCUCGAAAAUGCUGCAGUACGAGCCAGCGAAACGAAUCUCAGCAAAGAUGGCUAUGGAGCAUCCUUACUUUGCUGAUCUGCCAGAAAAGUCCUCUCUCUGA